AUGACACAAUGGCAGGCCAAACAUUCCAUCCCUGGAGAUGCUCCAAGAGGAGCAUCCAGACCUGUGUCCAGUCAACAGAAGCGACCGGCCACCGAGCCUGACCGACCAUGGCCCUGUCAGCUCUGUGGCGCCGCUCUGUGAGCUGGAGAUCAGCCCUGACCCGGCUCGUGCAGCUCUUCCGCUCCCCGCAAACCUCUGGCACCAAAGGCUCAGCCAACCUGCCUCCACCAGCCCCACUGGCAAGCAGCCCUGGUCUUGCUGUUCCAUCAAACACUGCCCGGGGGGGGGCCCAGGGCAGUGGGAAGCCCCUGGCUGGGGCAGACCAAAGUGCCCCCCAGGGUCAACUGCAGCCCUACGACCAUCAGGGGAGAGCAGUGGCCCUGGUCCCACCAGCGCGGCACAGCCAGCGCAGCCCUGCCAGCUCAGCCAACCCCUCCGGGACACCCCUGGGCAGUGGCAGCCCCCCAGACAGGAGCACCCCCAUGGAUGUGGACGUCACCCCAGCGCUUAACAUCAGCCUGGCCAGUGACGUCUCCAUGGAGGAGGACGCCCCCCGCGGCUGCGACCUCUCGCUGGCCAGCGAUGUCGCCAUGGAGGAGGACACCGCCCGUGGCUGCGACCUCUCGCUGGCCAGCGACGUCUCCAUGGAGGAGGACGCCCCCCGAGGUUGCGACCUCUCGCUGGCCAGCGACGUCUCCAUGGAGGAGGACACCCAGCAGCAUGUGGGGACAGACCUGCCACCACCGCAGAGCAGCGUGUCCCCACACGACACCAAGCUGGAAAGGCGGGGGGCGAAGAGGAAGGGGGGCUCUGAACCAGGGCCUGCCAGCAAGAUCAAGGCUCCUGCAGCCGGGGCUGGGGCAGGAAGACUGGCUUAGGCCUGUUAAAGGGAUAGAUCGUUUGGGGAUCUAUCCCAGUUGGAGGGAUAGGUCGUUUGGGGACCUAUCCCAGGUUGAGGCAUAGAUCGUUUGGGGAUCUAUGCCAGUGGGAGGGAUAGAUCGUUUGGGGAUCUAUCCCAGUGGGAGGGAGGGAGGGAGGGUGUUUAUGUCGCGAAGAUGUACAUAGAGAUGUAGGGAAGAUGCAGAGAUAGAUGUAGAC